GUUUUCUGAUAUAUGUUGGGUACCAUAGAGUGAAUCUCAGAACAGGAAGCGGAGGCAUAAGAGAGAGGAUUCUGGAACGGUCUCUUUGUUUUCUUGUCCACAGAGAAAGAAAGAAAAAAAGAUUGUAAUUAAUUUGUAAACCUCUGUGGUCAAAAAAAAAAAAAAAAAACUGAACAGCUGCAGAGGAAGACACGUUAUACCCUAACCAUCUUGGAUGCUGGGCUUUGUUAUGCUGUAAUUCAUAAGGCUCUGUUUUAUCAGAUCAUGGAGCAAGAAAGCUGAAGCCAAGCCACGUCAAAGUUUGUCAGGGAUGAGAUAACCGUCAAGGAUUCAUAGUAGAGUGGCUUACUGGGAAAGGAGCAAAGAAUCUCUUCUAGGGAUAUUGUAAGAAUAAAUGAGAUAAUUCACAGAAGGGGCCUGGAGCUUUUCCGGGAAAAGGUGCUGUGACUAAGGCAAUUCAUAUGCAAGAAGCUACACGUAAUUAAAUGUGCAGGAUGAAAAGAUGGCACAGGCACUGUUGGUACCCCCGGGACCUGAAAGCUUCCGCCUUUUUACUAGAGAAUCUCUUGCUGCUAUCGAAAAACGUGCUGCAGAAGAGAAAGCCAAGAAACCCAAAAAGGAACAAGAUAAUGAUGAUGAGAACAAACCAAAGCCAAAUAGUGACUUGGAAGCUGGAAAGAACCUUCCAUUUAUUUAUGGAGACAUUCCUCCAGAGAUGGUGUCAGAGCCCCUGGAGGAUCUGGACCCCUACUAUAUCAAUAAGAAAACUUUUAUAGUAAUGAAUAAAGGAAAGGCAAUUUUCCGAUUCAGUGCCACCUCUGCCUUGUAUAUUUUAACUCCACUAAACCCUGUUAGGAAAAUUGCUAUCAAGAUUUUGGUACAUUCUUUAUUCAGCAUGCUUAUCAUGUGCACUAUUUUGACCAACUGUGUAUUUAUGACCUUGAGUAACCCUCCCGACUGGACAAAGAAUGUAGAGUACACAUUCACGGGAAUCUAUACCUUUGAGUCACUUAUAAAAAUCUUGGCAAGAGGGUUUUGCUUAGAAGAUUUUACAUUUCUUCGUGAUCCAUGGAACUGGCUGGAUUUCAGUGUCAUUGUGAUGGCAUAUGUGACAGAGUUUGUGGACCUGGGCAAUGUCUCAGCGUUGAGAACAUUCAGAGUUCUCCGAGCAUUGAAAACAAUUUCAGUCAUUCCAGGUUUAAAGACCAUUGUGGGGGCCCUGAUCCAGUCGGUGAAGAAGCUUUCUGACGUCAUGAUCCUGACUGUGUUCUGUCUGAGCGUGUUUGCUCUCAUUGGGCUGCAGCUGUUCAUGGGCAACCUGAGGAAUAAAUGUUUGCAGUGGCCCCCAAGCGAUUCUGCUUUUGAAACCAACACCACCUCCUACUUUAAUGGCACAAUGGAUUCAAAUGGGACAUUUGUUAAUGUAACAAUGAGCACAUUUAACUGGAAGGAUUACAUUGGAGAUGACAGUCACUUUUAUGUUUUGGAUGGACAAAAAGACCCUUUACUCUGUGGAAACGGCUCAGAUGCAGGCCAGUGUCCAGAAGGAUAUAUCUGCGUGAAGGCUGGUCGAAACCCCAACUAUGGCUACACAAGCUUUGACACCUUUAGCUGGGCUUUCCUGUCUCUAUUUCGACUUAUGACCCAAGACUACUGGGAGAAUCUUUACCAGUUGACAUUACGUGCUGCUGGGAAAACAUACAUGAUAUUUUUUGUCCUGGUCAUUUUCUUGGGCUCAUUUUAUUUGGUGAAUUUGAUCCUGGCUGUGGUGGCCAUGGCCUAUGAGGAACAGAAUCAGGCCACACUGGAAGAAGCAGAACAAAAAGAGGCUGAAUUUCAGCAGAUGCUCGAACAGCUUAAAAAGCAACAGGAAGAAGCUCAGGCAGUUGCGGCAGCAUCCGCUGCUUCAAGAGAUUUCAGUGGAAUAGGUGGGUUAGGCGAGUUGUUGGAAAGUUCUUCAGAAGCAUCAAAGUUAAGCUCCAAAAGUGCUAAAGAAUGGAGGAACCGAAGGAAGAAAAGAAGACAGAGGGAGCACCGUGAAGGAAACAAUAAAGGAGAGAGAGACAGCUUUCCUAAAUCCGAAUCUGAAGACAGUGUCAAAAGAAGCAGCUUCCUUUUCUCCAUGGAUGGAAACAGACUGACCAGUGACAAGAAAUUCUGCUCCCCUCAUCAGUCUCUGUUGAGUAUCCGUGGCUCCCUGUUUUCCCCAAGGCGCAAUAGCAAAACAAGCAUUUUCAGUUUCAGAGGUCGGGCAAAGGAUGUUGGAUCUGAAAAUGACUUUGCUGAUGACGAACACAGCACAUUUGAAGACAGCGAAAGCAGGAGAGACUCACUGUUUGUGCCGCACAGACAUGGAGAGCGACGCAACAGUAACGGCACCACCACUGAAACGGAAGUCAGAAAGAGAAGGUUAAGUUCUUACCAGAUUUCAAUGGAGGUGCUGGAGGAUUCCUCUGGAAGGCAAAGAGCCAUGAGCAUAGCCAGCAUUCUGACCAACACAAUGGAAGAACUUGAAGAAUCUAGACAGAAAUGUCCACCAUGCUGGUAUAGAUUUGCCAAUGUGUUCUUGAUCUGGGACUGCUGUGAUGUAUGGUUAAAAGUAAAACAUCUUGUGAAUUUAAUUGUUAUGGAUCCAUUUGUUGAUCUUGCCAUCACUAUUUGCAUAGUCUUAAAUACCCUCUUUAUGGCCAUGGAGCACUACCCUAUGACCGAGCAAUUCAGUAGUGUAUUGACUGUAGGAAACCUGGUCUUCACUGGGAUUUUCACAGCAGAAAUGGUUCUCAAGAUCAUUGCCAUGGAUCCUUAUUACUAUUUCCAAGAGGGCUGGAAUAUCUUUGAUGGAAUUAUUGUCAGCCUGAGUUUAAUGGAGCUUGGUCUAUCAAAUGUGGAGGGAUUGUCUGUACUGCGAUCAUUCAGACUGCUUAGAGUUUUCAAGUUGGCAAAAUCCUGGCCCACACUAAAUAUGCUAAUUAAGAUCAUUGGCAAUUCUGUGGGGGCUCUAGGAAACCUCACCUUGGUAUUGGCCAUCAUCGUCUUCAUUUUUGCUGUGGUCGGCAUGCAGCUCUUUGGUAAGAGCUACAAAGAAUGUGUCUGCAAGAUCAAUGAUGACUGUACGCUCCCACGGUGGCACAUGAACGACUUCUUCCACUCCUUCCUGAUUGUGUUCCGCGUGCUGUGUGGAGAGUGGAUAGAGACCAUGUGGGACUGUAUGGAGGUUGCUGGCCAAACCAUGUGCCUUAUUGUUUUCAUGUUGGUCAUGGUCAUUGGAAACCUUGUGGUUCUGAACCUCUUUCUGGCCUUAUUGUUGAGUUCAUUUAGCUCAGACAACCUUGCUGCUACUGAUGAUGACAAUGAAAUGAAUAAUCUGCAGAUUGCAGUAGGAAGAAUGCAAAAGGGAAUCGAUUAUGUGAAAAAUAAGAUACGGGAGUGUUUCCGAAAAGCCUUUUUUAGAAAACCAAAAGUUAUAGAAAUCCAUGAAGGCAAUAAGAUAGACAGCUGCAUGUCCAAUAAUACUGGAAUUGAAAUAAGCAAAGAGCUUAAUUAUCUUAGAGAUGGGAAUGGAACCACCAGUGGUGUAGGUACCGGAAGCAGUGUUGAAAAAUACGUAAUCGAUGAAAAUGAUUAUAUGUCAUUCAUAAACAACCCCAGCCUCACUGUAACAGUGCCAAUUGCUGUUGGAGAGUCUGACUUUGAAAACUUAAAUACUGAAGAGUUCAGCAGUGAGUCAGAACUAGAAGAAAGCAAAGAGAAAUUAAAUGCAACCAGCUCAUCUGAAGGAAGCACAGUUGAUGUUGCUCUACCCCGAGAAGGUGAACAAGCUGAAAUUGAACCCGAAGAAGAUCUUAAACCAGAAGCUUGUUUUACUGAAGGAUGUAUUAAAAAGUUUCCAUUCUGUCAAGUAAGUACAGAAGAAGGCAAAGGAAAGAUCUGGUGGAAUCUUCGGAAAACCUGCUACAGCAUUGUUGAGCACAACUGGUUUGAGACUUUCAUUGUGUUCAUGAUCCUUCUCAGUAGUGGUGCUUUGGCCUUUGAAGAUAUAUACAUUGAACAGCGAAAGACUAUCAAAACCAUGCUAGAAUAUGCUGACAAAGUCUUCACCUAUAUAUUCAUUCUGGAAAUGCUUCUCAAAUGGGUUGCUUAUGGAUUUCAAACAUAUUUCACUAAUGCCUGGUGCUGGCUAGAUUUCUUGAUUGUUGAUGUUUCUUUGGUUAGCCUGGUAGCCAAUGCUCUUGGUUACUCAGAACUCGGUGCCAUCAAAUCAUUACGGACAUUAAGAGCUUUGAGACCUCUAAGAGCCUUAUCCCGGUUUGAAGGCAUGAGGGUGGUUGUGAAUGCUCUUGUUGGAGCAAUUCCCUCUAUCAUGAACGUGCUGUUGGUCUGUCUCAUCUUCUGGCUGAUCUUUAGCAUUAUGGGUGUGAAUUUGUUUGCUGGCAAGUUCUACCACUGUGUUAACAUGACAACGGGUAACAUGUUUGACGUUAGUGAUGUCAACAAUUUGAGUGACUGUCAGGCUCUUGGCAAGCAAGCUCGGUGGAAAAACGUGAAAGUAAACUUUGAUAAUGUUGGCGCUGGCUAUCUCGCACUGCUUCAAGUGGCCACAUUUAAAGGCUGGAUGGAUAUUAUGUAUGCAGCUGUUGAUUCACGAGAUGUUACACUUCAGCCUAUGUAUGAGGAAAAUCUGUACAUGUAUUUAUACUUUGUCAUCUUUAUCAUCUUCGGGUCAUUCUUCACUCUGAAUCUAUUCAUUGGUGUCAUCAUAGAUAACUUCAACCAGCAGAAAAAGAAGUUUGGAGGUCAAGACAUCUUUAUGACAGAGGAACAGAAAAAAUAUUACAAUGCAAUGAAGAAACUUGGAUCCAAGAAACCUCAGAAACCCAUACCUCGCCCAGCAAACAAAUUCCAAGGAAUGGUCUUUGAUUUUGUAACCAGGCAAGUCUUUGAUAUCAGCAUCAUGAUACUCAUCUGCCUCAAUAUGGUCACCAUGAUGGUGGAAACCGACGACCAGGGCAAAUAUAUGACCCUAGUUUUGUCCCGGAUCAACCUAGUGUUCAUUGUUCUGUUCACUGGAGAAUUUGUGCUGAAGCUCGUCUCCCUCAGACACUACUACUUCACUAUAGGCUGGAACAUCUUUGAUUUUGUGGUGGUGAUUCUCUCCAUUGUAGGUAUGUUUCUGGCUGAGAUGAUAGAAAAGUAUUUUGUGUCCCCUACCCUGUUCCGAGUGAUCCGUCUUGCCAGAAUUGGCCGAAUCCUACGUCUGAUCAAAGGAGCAAAGGGGAUCCGCACGCUGCUCUUUGCUUUGAUGAUGUCCCUCCCUGCAUUGUUUAACAUCGGCCUCCUGCUCUUCCUGGUCAUGUUCAUCUAUGCCAUCUUUGGGAUGUCCAACUUUGCCUAUGUUAAAAAGGAAGCUGGAAUUGAUGACAUGUUCAACUUUGAGACCUUUGGCAACAGCAUGAUCUGCUUGUUCCAAAUUACAACCUCUGCUGGCUGGGAUGGAUUGCUAGCACCUAUUCUUAAUAGUGCACCACCCGACUGUGACCCUGACACAAUUCAUCCUGGCAGCUCAGUUAAGGGAGACUGUGGGAACCCAUCUGUUGGGAUUUUCUUUUUUGUCAGUUACAUCAUCAUAUCCUUCCUGGUUGUGGUGAACAUGUACAUCGCGGUCAUCCUGGAGAACUUCAGUGUUGCUACUGAAGAAAGUGCAGAGCCCCUGAGUGAGGAUGACUUCGAGAUGUUCUAUGAGGUUUGGGAAAAGUUUGAUCCCGAUGCGACCCAGUUUAUAGAGUUCUCUAAGCUCUCUGAUUUUGCAGCUGCCCUGGAUCCUCCUCUUCUCAUACCAAAACCCAACAAAGUCCAGCUUAUUGCCAUGGAUCUGCCCAUGGUCAGUGGUGACCGGAUCCACUGCCUUGAUAUUUUAUUUGCCUUUACAAAACGUGUUUUGGGUGAGAGUGGAGAGAUGGAUGCCCUUCGAAUACAGAUGGAAGACCGGUUUAUGUCAUCAAACCCCUCCAAAGUCUCUUAUGAGCCUAUUACAACCACUUUGAAACGUAAACAAGAGGAGGUGUCUGCCGCUAUCAUUCAGCGUAAUUUCAGAUGUUAUCUUUUAAAGCAAAGGUUAAAAAAUAUAUCAAGUAACUAUAACAAAGAGGCAAUUAAAGGGAGGAUUGACUUACCUAUAAAACAAGACAUGAUUAUUGACAAAUUAAAUGGGAACUCCACUCCAGAAAAAUCAGAUGGGAGUUCCUCUACCACCUCUCCUCCUUCCUAUGAUAGUGUAACAAAACCAGACAAAGAAAAGUUUGAGAAAGACAAACCAGAAAAAGAAAGCAAAGUAAAAGAGGUCAGAGAAAAUCAAAAGUAAAAAGAAACAAAGAAUUAUCUUUGUGAUCAAUUGUUUACAGCCUAUGAAGGUAAAGUAUAUGUGUCAACUGGACUUCAAGAGGAGGUCCAUGCCAAACUGACUGUUUUAACAAAUACUCAUAGUCAGUGCCUAUACAAGACAGUGACCUCUUUGUCACUGCAACUCUGUGAGACAGGGUAUCAACAUUGACAAGAGGUUGCUGUUUUUAUUACCAGCUGACACUGCUGAGGAGAAACCCAAUGGCUACCUAGACUAUAGGAUAGUUGUGCAAAGUGAUCAUUGUAACUACACCAAACACCUUUAGUACAGUCCUUGCAUCCAUUCUAUUUUUAACUUCCAUGUCUGCCAUAUUUUUACAAAAUUUGUUCUAGUGCAUUUCCAUGGUCCCCAAUUCAUAGUUUAUUCAUAAUACUAUGUCACUAUUUUUGUAAAUGAGGUUUACGUUGAAGAAACAGUAUACAGGAACCCUGUGGUCCUAUUUUACAAGUCUCUCAAAUGAUCAGACAAAAGUGUUUUACCGGAGAGAUAAAAUUUUUGCUCAAAACCAGAAAAAGAAUUGUAAUGGCUACAGUUUCAGUUACUUCCAUUUUCUAGAUGGCUUUAAUUCUGAAAGUAUUUUAGUCUGUUAUGUUUGUUUCUAUCUGAACAGUUAUGUGCCUGUAAAGUUCCCUCUAAUAUUUAAAGGAUUAUUUUUAUGCGAAGUGUUCUGUUUCAGCAAGUGCAAAUUUUAUUCUAAGUUUCAGAGCUCUAUCUUUAAUUUUGGUCAAAUGCUUUCCAAAAAGGUAAUCUAAUAAAUCCAUUCUAGAAAAAUAUAUCUAAAGUAUUGCUUUAGAAUAGUUGUUCCACUUUCUGCUGCAGUAUUGCUUUGCCAUCUUCUGCUCUCAGCAAAGCUGAUAGUCUAUGUCAAUUACAUACCCUAUGUUAUGUAAAUAGUUAUUUUAUCCUGUGGUGCAUGUUUGGGCAAAUAUAUAUAUAGCCUGAUAAACAACUUCUAUUAAAUCAAAUAUGUACCACAGUGUAUGUGUCUUUUGCGAGCUUCCAACAGGGAUGUAUCCUGUACCAUUCAUUAAACAUAAUUUAAAGGCUAUCACUAGUGCAUGUUAAUAUUGCCUAUGCUGCUCUAUUUUACUCAAUCCAUUCUUCACAAGUCUUGGUUAAAGAUUGUCACAUAUUGGUGAAAGAAUGAAUUCAACCUGCUAUCUGUCCACUAUGUUAAGCAGAAUAAUUUGAAGCUAUUUACAAACACCUUUACUUUUGCACUUUUAAUUCAACAUGAGUAUCAUAUGGUAUCUCUCUAGAUUUCAAGGAAACACACUGGAUACUGCCUACUGACAAAACCUAUUCUUCAUAUUUUGCUAAAAAUAUGUCUAAAACUUGUUUAAAUAUAAAUAAUGUAAAAAUAUAAUCAAUUUUAUUUGUCAGCAUUUUGUACAUAAGAAAAUUAUUUUCAGGUUGAUGACAUCACAAUUUAUUUUACUUUAUGCUUUUGCUUUUUAUUUUUAAUCACAAUUCCAAACUUUUGAAUCCAUAAGAUUUUUCAGUGGAUAAUUUCCUAAAAUAAAAGUUAGAUAAUGGGUUUUAUGGAUUUCUUUGUUAUAAUAUAUUUUCUACCAUUCCAAUAGGAGAUACAUUGGUCAAAAACUCAAACUUAGAUCAUUUUCUACCAACUGUGGUUGCCUCAAUAUAACCUUUUAUUCAUGGAAGUUUUUUUUUAUUCAACUUUUGUAGUAUUUACGUAUGCAGACUAGUCUUAUUUUUUUAAUUCCUGCUGCACUAAAGCUAUUACAGAUAUAACAUGGACUUUGUUCUUUUUAGCCAUGAACAAAGUGGCAAAGUUGUGCAAUUACCUAACAUGAUAUCAAUUUUUGGUUUUUGCACAAACCAAAAGUUUAAUGUUAAUUCCUUUUACAAAACUAUUUACUGUAGUGUAUUGAUGAACUGCAUGCAGGGAAUUGCUAUUACUAAAAAGAAUGGUGAGCUACAUCAUUAUUGAGCCAAAAGAAUAAAUUUCAUUUUUUAUUGCAUUUCACUUAUUGGCCUCUGGGGUUUUUUGUUUUUGUUUUUUGCUGUUGGCAGUUUAAUAUAUAUAUAAUUAAUAAAACCUCUGCUUGAUCUGACAUUUGUAUACAUAAAAGUUUACAUGAAUUUUACAACAAACUAGUGCAUGAUUCACCAACAGUACUACAGAAUAAAGGCAAAUUAAAAGCAGCUUUGUGAACUUUUAUGUGUGCAAAGGAUCAAGUUCACAUGUUCCAACUUUCAGGUUUGAUAAUAAUAGUAACCACCUACAAUAGCUUUCAAUUUCAAAUAAUUCCCUUGGCUAUAAGCAUCUAAACUCAUUUUCUCUCAAUAUAAUUGAUACUAUCUCCUAAUUACUUGGUGGCUAAUAAAUGUUACAUUCUUUGUUACUUAAAUGCAUUAUAUAAACUCCUAUGUAUACAUAAGGUAUUAAUGAUAUAGUUAUUGAGAAUUUAUAUUAACUUUUUUUCAAGAACCCUUGGAUUUAUGUGAGGUCAAAACCAAACUUUUAUUCUCAGUGGAAAACUCCAGUUGUAAUGCAUAUUUUUAAAGACAAUUUGGAUCUAAAUAUGUAUUUCAUAAUUCUCCCAUAAUAAAUUAUAUAAGGUGGCUAAUUGGAA